AUGCCGUCGCCGGACGCGGCGGCGAGGCACACGGGCGACGGCGUGGCGCGUCGGCAGGCCCACCACGAGCGGAUGCGCGACGAGCGCGCUCGGGAAGCGGCCGCGGGUGACGCGGAGCUUCCGCCGGAGGACGACGCGGUCGAGAUGGCGAGCGCCGUCCACGUGCUGGACAGCGUGGCGGAGGUGGGCCCGAACUACACGCUGCUGCGCAGCAAGGAGACGAAGGCGAAGCGGCGGAAGCGAAAGCGCGAGGAUGCCAGGGCGGCGCUCGACGGCCACACUGUCCUGUCCACCGGAUCGCGCCUCGAGAUCUUCUGCGACAGCGAGCGGUGGUACCCUGCGACCGUCAUGGCGCGGGAGGAGGACCGGGACGGACGGAUCGUGCACGAGGUCGAGUACGACGGCUACUCGGAUCGGCGGUGGUGGCACAUGCUGGACGACGAGCGGUGGCGAGCCGUCCCAGAGCAGGCCGGCACGGGCGCAGGAGGCGCCGCCGCAGACGGGGAUGGGGAUGCGGCGAUGGACCGCGCGGACGGCGAGCGGGGCGCCCGUGCCGCGGGCGACGCCGAGGCGGCCGAGGUGCGGCCGGCGCCGCCUCCUGUGCGCCGGGGUGUGCAGCGCAGCGCGCUGGCGGACGCCCUCGAGGCGGAGGAUGACGAGCGGCAGGAGGAGGCCGCGUGCGGCGAUGGGCGGCCGAUGCUAGCGCCACACGGGCCGGCGCUGUCAGUGCAGCUUCGGCGCGUGCGCCUGCGGCUGCGCGAGUUCCUGGCGACGCAGGCCGCGGCGGGGAAGAGCGUGCCGAUGCAGCGGACGGCCCUCGGUCUGCACCCGACGAUGCGGUGGACGAUCCGCUUCGGCAAGUGGCUGGCGACGACGCGAAUCACCGCGCCGAGGGCGAGCCGGUGGCACGCGACCGAGCGGGGCGACGCGCGGGACGAGGAGCCGACGGUGCGCACGGGGCGCGGCGAGAACACGGUCUACGUCGCGCUGCAGCACAUGAAGAACCACGUGUGGCGCGAGAUCUGGCCGGCGAUGCCGGACGACGCGAGGCAGUACUGGCGGCUGGUGACCAAGCAGGUGAUGUCGCUGUACGACGGCGGCGGCGGCGGGAUGAAGGACGCGGCAGGAGCCGCCGGCCGGGCGGCGGGCCGCGAGGCGGCGCAGGAGAGCGCGUCGCACGGGCAGAGUGAGGCGGCGCAGCGGGCGGCGAGCGAGAGGGCGAGCGCGGUGGCGAGCCGGCGGACGAUGGCCGAGCUGCGCGAGGCGACGACGAAGCCGUGCACGAAGCAGCACCUCUUCCAGGCUGAUGACAAGUCGUGGGAUGUGACGCUGCCGGCCGCGUGGAAGGCGUCGACCGCAGACAUGCGUGCAGAGCCAGAGCACCGCUUUCACUUGCGUGCGGAGAGGAGCAGCGGCGCUGCCGCGAGCCUCGACGUCUUUGUGGACGUGGCAAAGGGCAAGCAGUUCCUCAGCGAUCUCGGCAAGGUUGACGAGGUCGGGCGGCGGUACGCGGAGCGGUUUGGCACGGUGCAGCGCGCCGCCGCCGUGCCGGGCCCGGUUCGCGGGAGCACCUACUACGAGUACGAGUUUGCCGGGAGCACCACGACCACCCGCGCCAAGCUCACCGUGUACCAGAGCCGGCUCUACAUGCUGCUUCUCACGCUCCCGUCCAGCGCGCCGGCAGAGGUGCUUGCGGAGGCGGACGCCAUAUCCUCCUCCUUCAAGGCCUUCCCGGUCAACAUGUUUUGCCUCGCGGCCUCCAACGGCGGCACGGCGCCCACGCCCGGCACCUGCUACUGAGAACACUGUCAGCACACAUAUACGUGCACAUGCACAUGCAAUU